GCUGGCCAGGUCACAGUUGGCCGCACGACACCAGAAACGCAACCACAACAGCCACCGCAAGGCGCACGGGUGUUAUCCACAUACAUACCUCCCCCAAACAAUACAGCUAUCCACAAAUAUAUAUUAGCUCAAGUUCAAGCAGCUCGCUAGGUAAACAGCUUAAGGAGUACCGGCAAUAUGCGGAACUGCGCCUCCCUUGGAUUAUAUGCGCUGCUAAUCGUCGCCUGCUACUUGGACGCAACAGUUGGCCAGCCCCUCAAGCAGGAUGAGGAUCUGCCGCAGGCACAGACGGCCAGCGGAGCACGUUUUGCGAGACAAAUCGGUGGCUAUGGAGGCUACGGAGGCUACGGUAUUGGAUAUGGAGGAUAUGGAGGCUAUGGAGGCUAUGGAGGCUAUGGAGGAUAUGGUGGAUACGGUGGAUUAGGCGGAUAUGGAGGAUAUGGCGGAUAUGGCUCACGUUAUCCUUACUCAUCAUAUGGGGGAUAUUAUAAUCGCCCUUAUGGUGGUUAUGGUGGUUACGGCGGCAUCGGACUUUCACCAUUCAUGUAA